AUGUCGAACACAAUCGAAAAAAUAAACCCAAAUCUUCCGAUCUAUAUCGAAAGAUGUCAGAAACCGGAUAAUGAACACCCAAUUAAUGUGGUGAUAAUGUUCGGAUGGACGAAUAGUAAUCUUGGAAAUGUUUCAAAAAUCGCGUCUUACUGGCGAAAGAAAGGAAACGCUCAUAUUUUAUAUUGGAUUGCUCCGUAUUUUCCUUACAUUUGGUUCACUAACAAGGCUACGCAAGCUUGUGCUGCAUUUAUUCCGUAUCUUCAAGAAUUUGGUGUUUUGCCGACUACAAGUGAAAACGAUGACUCGAUCCAUAGUCCGACAAAACCAAAAUUGAUUGCGCAUGCAUUCUCAAAUGGCGGAACAUUAGGCCUCGCUGGUCUUGCCGAAGCAUGCAAAUUACAAAACCUUCCAUUACAUUAUUCUGCUUUAAUCAUCGAUUCCGCUCCCGGGUAUGCAAGCAUUUUCACUGUUUAUAGAGUAUUUACAGUCGCACAAAAAAAUCCCAUCAAAAAAGCUUUUCUAGCAAUUGCUAUUGAAUUUCUCUUUUUAUUCUUUGGACUUCCAUCAUUGUUGCUUUAUUCUCGCUUUACGGGUCGAAAGAACAUUAUAGAAUUCUUUACAAAUGUUUUGUUUGAGCAUAAUGCCGCAAAAUAUUCGCCUAGGUUAUUUAUUUAUUCGAAAACUGACAAGUUGAUUCCUUCAUCAUCGGUAGAAGAGGUACUAGCGAAAAGUGUAAGAUUGUGUGGUGAUAAAACGAGAAAAUUGUGUCUUGAGGAAAGUGAUCAUGUGAUGCAUUGGGCUAAGCAUACAGAUAUUUAUGAGAAUGCAGUAGAUAGUUUUAUAGAUGAAUUUAAUGUACAGUCAGAUCUCCCUAUAAUCACACCACAUGAACAAUCGAAAUUGUAA